AUGGGUGACUGGAGCUUUCUGGGGAGACUGUUAGAGAAUGCACAGGAGCACUCCACGGUUAUUGGCAAGGUUUGGCUGACGGUACUGUUUAUCUUCAGGAUACUGGUGCUGGGGGCCGCUGCUGAGGAGGUCUGGGGAGACGAGCAGUCGGACUUUACAUGCAACACUCAGCAACCUGGUUGUGAAAACGUUUGCUAUGACAAAGCAUUCCCCAUUUCUCACAUCCGCUUCUGGGUGCUGCAGAUCAUUUUUGUCUCCACUCCAACCCUCAUCUACUUGGGCCACGUGCUGCACAUUGUACGCAUGGAGGAGAAGAGGAAAGAGAAAGAAGAGCUGAAAAAGAAGGGAAAUGUCAAAGACAGCAGCAACUACCCAGGAGCAGCAGCGUCUGGCAGUGGUAGUGGAGGAGGCAGCAAUAACGUCAAGGAUCCUCUUGUCAAAAAGGGGAAAGAGAAGCUCCCAAUCCGUGAUGAACGUGGUAGAAUCCGUAUGGGAGGGGCCCUGCUCCGUACUUAUGUCUUCAACAUCAUUUUCAAGACACUGUUUGAGGUGGGCUUCAUUGUGGGCCAGUACUUCCUGUAUGGCUUUGAGCUAAAGCCAGUCUACCAGUGCAGCCGCUCACCUUGCCCGCACACUGUGGACUGUUUCAUCUCCAGGCCCACCGAGAAGACCAUCUUUAUCAUCUUCAUGUUGGUGGUGGCCUCUGUCUCCCUGCUGUUGAACAUGCUGGAGAUGUACCACUUGGGGUGGAAGAAGCUUAAACAGGGCAUGACAAGCCGGUACAGCCUUGAGAUGCCCGUCGCAACAAUGACGCCAGUCAUGGUAACAGGGGAGUCCAAACCUGUUGCCCUGCCACCACCAGCACUACCCAUGGUGGUAACGACUGCUGCGCCUCCACCUGUUCUGCCUGACACCCGUGCUGUCACACCGCUGUUGGCCCCGGUGACCGUGGCGCAGUACUACGCUGCGGCUGCUCCAAGACGACGGCCCCCCUCCAACACAGCCUCCAUGGCCAGCUACCCCGUUGCUCCACCAAUUCCUGAGGAGAGGCACCGUGCUGUGACUCCUACACCCAUCUCCACUCCUGUCACCAUCCCGACUCCCAUCCCCACACCCACGCCAGCCGUCAUCAACUACUUCAACAGCAACCGUGCCUUGGCAGCCGAGCAGAACUGGGUCAACACGGCAGCCAAGCAGCAAGGGAAGGCACCCUCCAGCUCAGCAGGCUCCACUACCCCCAGCAGUGUCCGGCAUCCCCUUCCCGAGCAGGAAUUGCCACUGGAGCAGCUACUUCCACCCCCAGCUGGACCACCUGUCGCUGCGGCCAACAGCGGCAGCAGCACCAGCGUGAGUGGGGCAAGCGGCAGCAAGUGGGAUGUGGAGGAGGAGCUGCCAGAGGAACGGCCCAUCUCAGCUGCCUGCACCACCGUGGAGAUGCAUGAGCCACCGCUGCUCGUAGACACACGGCGCUUGAGCAGGGCCAGUAAGUCGAGCAGCUGCAGAGCCAGGUCAGACGACCUGGCCGUGUAG